AUGGCAAACCUUCGAACUCAAUUCGCCACUGACAAAACGUCUGUGGAGCGUUUUUUCCGGCUUGAUCAGAAGGGCAAAGUCCAGGCCAAGUACAUCUGGAUCGACGGCACUGGCGAGAAUCUGCGCGCAAAAACUCGCACACUUGACUUCGAGCCUACUUCUACCGAUCAAUUACCGAUAUGGAAUUUCGACGGCUCGUCUACAGAUCAAGCCCAUGGAGCCGAUUCGGACGUCUACUUGAAGCCGGUGGCCAUGUUUCCAGAUCCGUUCCGUCUUGGACCCAACAAGCUCGUCCUCUGCGAGACGCUCGACAAUAAGAAAAAACCGACAGCGACAAAUAAUCGUUCCCGAUGUCUGGAAGUAAUGGAAAAAGCAAAAGAUCAGCAUCCAUGGUUCGGUAUGGAGCAGGAGUACACCCUUUUGGACGUCGACGGACAUCCAUUCGGGUGGCCUAAGAAUGGGUUCCCGGGACCACAAGGGCCUUACUAUUGUGGCGUCGGAGCGAACAAGGUGUACGGUCGAGAUAUAGUCGAGGCGCAUUACCGUGCCUGCUUAUACGCCGGCAUCAGCAUUUCCGGCACCAAUGCAGAGGUUAUGCCAGGACAGUGGGAAUUUCAAGUGGGUCCAGUCGAAGGAAUAGCGAUGGGAGACCAGCUGUGGAUGGCGCGAUUCCUUCUUCAUAGGGUGGCCGAAGAGUUUGGUGUGGUCGCCUCGUUAGACCCGAAACCAAUCAAAGGAGAUUGGAACGGAGCAGGAUGCCACACCAACUUCUCCACUGCUUCCAUGAGAAAGCAGGGAGGUAUCAAUGACAUCAUGACGGCGAUCAACAAAUUGUCACUUGUCCAUCCUCAGCACAUCGCCUACUACGAUCCCAAAGGAGGAAAGGACAACGAGCGUCGUCUUACGGGCCUUCACGAGACCGCCAAAAUUGAUCAAUUCUCUCAUGGCGUCGCUUCGAGAGCCAGUUCGAUUCGAAUUCCUCGUCAGACAGAUGACGACGGCUAUGGCUACUUCGAAGACCGGCGACCGUCGUCGAACUGCGACCCCUACGACGUGACCGCAGCCCUCGUACGCACUGUCUGCCUGGACGGUGACGAUCGGAAACUUUCGAUGAUGUACGUGCCAACCACUUGCGUCAAUAACUGA